CGUGAAGUAAUCCGGUAGACACCUAGCGCGAGGUACCCUCGGUGCUUAUAAAUCUCCAGGGAACAGACUCGCCGACUCCAACCUCCGGCACGGCACACCAGAUCAUCGAAGAAACGAGACAGAAGGCGCGAAGCUUACGAUUCUCCACGGCAGCGAUCGUCACACACACACAUACACAUACUCUCUCUCUCUCUCUCUCUCUCUCUCUCUCUCUCUCUCUCUCGUAUUGCUACUGUUUUCAGCAAUGGCGACCGUCAUGCAGAAAAUCAAAGAUAUCGAAGACGAGAUGGCAAGAACACAGAAGAAUAAAGCUACCGCCCAUCACCUUGGUUUGCUUAAGGCUAAGCUUGCAAAGCUACGAAGGGAUCUCCUUGCACCCCCUACAAAAGGAGGCGGUGGUGGCGCUGGUGAAGGCUUCGAUGUUACCAAAAGUGGAGAUUCACGAGUCGGGCUCGUGGGUUUUCCAUCAGUUGGGAAAUCUACACUCCUUAACAAAUUAACAGGAACUUUUUCAGAGGUUGCUUCAUAUGAAUUUACCACAUUAACUUGCAUACCAGGUGUGAUCACGUACAGAGGUGCUAAAAUUCAGUUGUUGGAUCUCCCAGGCAUUAUCGAGGGUGCAAAAGAUGGGAAAGGCAGAGGAAGGCAGGUAAUCAGCACUGCCAGGACAUGCAAUUGUAUUUUAAUUGUUCUUGAUGCAAUAAAACCAAUAACUCACAAGCGGCUGAUCGAGAAAGAGCUUGAGGGAUUUGGCAUAAGGUUAAAUAAGGAACCACCUAAUUUGACCUUUAGAAAGAAGGAUAAGGGUGGGAUCAAUUUCACAUCCACAGUGGCGAACACACUCCUGGACCUUGAAACUGUGAAGGCAAUAUGUGGUGAAUAUAGGAUCCAUAAUGCCGAUAUAUCUCUUCGAUAUGAUGCAACUGCUGAUGACCUCAUAGAUGUUAUCGAGGGCAGCAGAAUAUACAUGCCCUGCAUUUACGUUGUCAACAAGAUUGACCAGAUAACACUUGAAGAACUGGAGAUCCUCGACAAACUUCCUCACUACUGCCCGAUUAGUGCUCACCUGGAAUGGAAUCUUGAUGGCUUACUGGAAAAGAUAUGGGAAUACCUUGAUCUAACUCGCAUAUACACAAAGCCAAAGGGAAUGAAUCCAGACUAUGAGGACCCUGUAAUCCUUUCCUCCAAGAAGAGGACAGUCGAGGACUUCUGCACUAGAAUCCACAAAGAUAUGCUAAAACAAUUUAAAUAUGCGCUAGUUUGGGGAUCCAGCGUGAAGCAUAAGCCUCAGAGGGUUGGAAAGGAGCAUGAACUUGAAGACGAAGAUGUGGUUCAGAUAAUAAAAAAGGUGUGACUCAGGGCAUGUGGAUUGAUCCCAAUCUGAGAAAGUUGUUGUGAUGGUGAGAGAAUUUUAGAUUGAGAGGAAGUAUCGAAAGUGAAACAGAGAUGUGGUGUUGCACCAUCGUAGCCCGGGCUUUAGUUUUGGUAUGGCUUCCUUAGGCGGACAUGCAUAUAAAGGCAUUGUUUUUCUGUUCAACAUAUGGAGCCUGUUGCACCCUCAUAUUUAUAACGAUCCAGCAUGUGGUGUGGUAUGAGCGUUUCUGGCUGAAAUUGGCUUGUCAGCGGCCAUGUAAAAUUUAAAAAAUUAUAUUAAAGAUUUCAGUUUUUUUAGAA